GCAACACAACACCAACAGGCAGCUUCCCUGGUUAAUUUGGAGAGAAUGAUGAAACAACUUUUGAUUGCUCAAGGCAAAACACCAGUCAUUCGAUAUGCUAAAAUGGACUUUCCAUUGUUCUCUGGAGAUGAAGACCCCAGUUUAUGGCUGCUACGUUGUGAAUCCUAUUUCCGGAAUGCCAACAUUCCGGAUUCGGAUCGGAUAAAUUUUGCCGCACACCAUAUGAUUGGAGAAGCCCAAUUAUGGUACCAUUCUGAAACAGAGUUGAUGAAGUUUCCCUCAUGGGCUGCCUUCAAAACAGAUUGUUGUCUCAGCUUUGGGCCACCACGUAGCAUUAAUGCCUUAGGUGAACUUAAACAACUGUUUCAAGCAGGACGGAAUAUAGACGAGUAUGUCAAAGAAUUUCGCACGCUGUUAGUGAGAGCAGCGAGAGCAGGGACAGUACAACCCAACCAGCGAGUGGAUCUUUUUACCGGCGGAUUAGAUGAAAUAAUCCGUAUAGAUGUGGAGCACACCAAACCAAAAACACUAAAUGAAGCCAUCAACACAGCCAGGGAUUUUUCCGCAAGUGCCAAUUGUUGGGACUUAUUUUCAACCAAGCCUUCACCUCUACAAACCAGUAACAACAUUGCCCAAUCAUCCGCCCAUGUUCCAUUACCCAUACCUCCAUCAACCAACCAGCAACAACCCAAAUUCAAAUUCCCCAUACCCGAACAGAAGGCCGAAUGCAUAGCCAAAAACUUAUGCUACAAUUGUGAUGAAUUUUUUUUUUUUUCCGAGUCAUAAAUGUCGCCAUCUUUUUAUGUUGUGGACAUUAGAAGAUGGUGAAGAACCGCCUGGUGGGCUUGCAUCCACGGAGGACUUCCCUGAAUUCAACUUGAACGCACGCGAUGGAAUCGCCUAAAUUCA